AUGGGCGUAGAGACAAUCCUUGAUGUCGAGGAAUCGACAGAACCUCCUAUAUGUGGUUAUAAGGAUCCCACACCCAAUGUGACAAGCCACUUAAAUUCUCAGCCCUGCGCUACCGAGGAAAAGUCUAUCUCGCAUACAAAAGACCCUGCACCACCGAGCCAACCGGACAAAGAGCCACCGGAUCGUAUCGCCCAUCUUACCGAGCCAAUAGAGCUCGCCUCAAUCCUCCAAACAGACCUUCGAGAUGGACUGCCAGGCACAGAAGCGGCGACCCGCCUCCAGCGCGAUGGUCCGAAUACCGUGCGUGAAAUGGAGAGUGUCUCCGUCUGGGGGAUACUGCUAAGGCAGGUAUCCAACAGUUUGACCCUAGUACUUCUCAUAACCAUGGCCCUCUCUUUUGGAAUCGAUGAUUACAUCGAGGGUGGCGUCAUAACUGCAGUGAUUGUUUUGAACAUCGUGGUCGGGUAUGUAUUCACCACGCCAACUGUCAGCCUUCAGACUAACUCGAUUAGCUUCGUGCAAGACUAUCGUGCCGAAAAGACAAUCAUGUCACUGCAUCGACUUUCGGCGCCAAUAUGCAGAGUUAUUCGAGAUGGCCAGCUUGCCUCCGUUAAGGCAGAAUCACUGGUUGUCGGUGAUAUAGUUCAGCUGGCAGUUGGAGAUAUCGUCCCGGCUGACUUGCGAUUGUUCGAUGGCAUGAACGCUUCAAUGGACGAAGCUCUCCUAACAGGAGAAUCAUUGCCAGUACUCAAGACUCCCCAUGUCACUUUGGCAGUACCCGACAUUCCUAUUGGCGACCGGACCAAUAUGGCAUAUUCGGGGUGUAGCACGACGCAGGGCCGAGCGAUGGGAAUCGUCGUUGCGAGUGGUAUGAACACCGAAGUCGGAAAGAUCGCCCAAUUACUUCAAACUCAGCCUAGCUCUGCCCAUUCCAGUCGGCUCAUGAGAUGGGUGAAUGGGGUGAAGCGGUUCUUCAUGAAUAUAUUGGGUCUCGUUGGGACCCCGCUGCAAGUCAAGCUGAGCAAAUUCGCCCUCUUGUUAUUUGCACUUGCUAUACUACUAGCAAUCAUUGUCUUCUCGGCCAGUAAAUGGGAUGUCCAGGGCGAGGUUCUCAUCUACGGCAUUUGUGUUGCUGUUGCGGUCAUCCCAGAGUCCUUGAUUGCUGUUCUCACCAUCACCAUAGCCGUCGGAACAAAAGCAAUGGCCAGAGGAAAUGUAAUUGUCCGAAAGCUCCAAUGUCUCGAGGCUGUCGGGGGCGUCACCAACAUCUGCUCCGACAAGACCGGAACAUUGACCCAGGGAAAAAUGAUUGCUCGGUCUGCGUGGAUCCCUGGCGCUGGCACUUUGACCGUAAGCCAAACGACGGAUCCUUUCGACCCAACAAGUGGACUUGUCCAACUUGAUGAAAUCGACUGGAACUCAACCGAGCCCAUUGAGGAAAACCCUGCAUUGCACACAUUCCUCCGAGCCAUCUCAAUUUGCAAUCUCUCAACUGUACACCAUGACAAUCAAGUCUGGAGCGCAGUCGGUGAGCCAACAGAAGUGGCUCUCCAUGUGCUGGCCAUGCGAUUUGACUUUGGAAAGUCCUCCGUGUUGCAAAGGCGACAACUACAGCUAAAGACAGAGUAUCCCUUUGAUUCUGCCAUCAAGAAGAUGACCGUUGUCUAUCACAAUGUGCAAGAUAAAGUCAAUGAGUGUUACACAAAAGGAGCACCAGAGACAAUCAUCCCAGCUCUUGGCAUCAGUGAAACAGAGAAGCAGAACAUCAGAGAUACAGCAGAUCGCAUGGCGGGCGAGGGACUCAGAGUUCUAUGUAUCGCAUACAAAACAUCACCCGCCAACGAUGACUCUCAAGUCUCACCACGAGAUGCUGCUGAAUCCCAACUCAACUUUGGGGGCCUUGUCGGCUUAUAUGAUCCCCCUCGAGUUGAAACAGCCGCAGCUGUGCGAAGAUGUCAAAUGGCCGGUAUCACGGUACAUAUGCUCACUGGAGAUCACAUCAAGACUGCAACAGCAAUCGCUUCAGAAGUCGGUAUUCUAGACCGGGUUACAGCGAAUAUCAAAUCGGGAAGACUUGUCAUGGCAGCGGACGAAUUCGACAGGCUGACUGAUCAGGAAGUUGACGCUAUCGAAGAGCUUCCUCUUGUCAUCGCCCGAUGCAGUCCCGCUACAAAGGUUCGCAUGGUAGAUGCUAUGCAUCGUCGUCGGGCAUUUUGCGUUAUGACAGGUGAUGGCGUCAAUGAUUCGCCUGCCCUCAAAAGAGCCGACGUUGGCAUUGCCAUGGGUAAAAAUGGAAGUGAUGUGGCUAAGGAAGCUGCGGAUAUGGUUUUGACAGACGAUAAUUUUUCGUCUAUUGUCAAGGCCGUCGAGGAAGGAAGACGUCUGUUCGAUAACAUUCAAAAGUUCCUCAUGCAUCUACUCAUAUCAAACAUUGCUCAAGUCAUUCUGCUCCUCAUCGCUCUCGCGUUCAAAGACGCAGGAGGAGAUUCAGUGUUCCCGCUAUCGCCUUUGGAGAUUCUAUGGGCAAAUCUUGUCACUUCAUCAUUCCUAGCGGUCGGACUCGGACUCGAAGAAGCCCAGCCAGACAUCAUGUAUAGACCCCCGCAUGAUCUUCGCAUCGGCGUGUUCACCCGCGAGCUCAUCAUGGAUAAAAUGAUCUAUGGCACAUUCAUGGGUUCCCUGUGUCUUGUAUCCUUUGUCUGCGUAAUCUACGCUGCAGGAACAGGGACGUCCUCUCUGGGCGACGGUUGCAACCAGGGGUACAAUCCUAGCUGUGACGAGGUAUUCCGUGCUCGAGCCACCACGUAUGCGACCCUCACUUUCCUCCUGCUUGUUACUGCAUGGGAAGUCAAGCAUUUCUCGCGGUCCCUGUUCAAUAUGGAUCCGAUCCGGUAUCCAAAGGCACUCUCCGUGAUUCCCACGGUGUGGAACAAUCGGUUUUUAUUCUGGGCUGUGAUGGCUGGGUUUGUCAUUGCCUUCCCGGUAAUCUAUCUUCCGGUCAUCAACAAAACAGUUUUCAAGCAUCAAGCAAUUGGUUGGGAGUGGGGUGUCGUGUUCGGAUGCACACUCGUUUACCUGGUGCUUGUGGAGAGUUGGAAGGCUGUCAAGAGGGCAUUUGGGAUUGGAAGUGGAAAGAAUGCCACUCUCACCCUUGAAGAUGCCGAAAUGAGGGCGGGCUUAGGCACAGUUACACCACUUUCACUCAGUGCCAAUGCCAGCGUGGAGCUAAAGUGA